GCUUCUUUCCUCUUGCACAUAAGCACUAUCAACACAUUCAAUUCACCAUAAAAAAAAAUGUCCCUCUUUCCCAAUAGCAUCUUUGGUCGAAAAAGAUCAAAAUCACCACAAGAUCAUCAUCAUCAUCACCAAACAUGGAACAACCACCCAUCAUACCAAACCCAUGGUUAUGAAGUAUCUCACCCAAAAAACCCCCACAUAACACCACCAACUUUCUACGAGCCAUCACCAAUUGUCAACACCACUCACAUAGAGUGGAAAGAAACCCCCGAAGCUCACGUAUACAAAGCCCAUCUCCCCGGGAUGAAACGAAGCGACGUGCGAGUCGAAGUCGACGAUGACAGAAUGCUAUGCAUCAUUUGUGAGAAGAGUGUUGAGAAGGAAGAACAAAGAGGUGGAUGGCACCGUGUUGAGGUUGCUAGUGGUCAUUUUGUUCAGCGUCUUACUUUGCCUGAAAACUCUAACGUUGAUCAUGUUAAGGCCUACAUGGAUAAUGGUGUGCUCACUGUUAAUGUUCCUAAGAGUAGAGUUGGGAACAAACAUGUUAGGAGUGUUCAAAUUUCUCAUGUUUGACAACUUAAUUACCACCGUGUUAUUAUAAAAGUGUUCAUUUGAUAGAAUGAAUCUAAACACCUAUUAUUUUAAGAAUUGAAACUAGAGUGAGUAUUGAUAUGUAUCUUUAUGGAAGAGACACGGUUACCUAUUAUUUUAAGAAUUGAAACUAGAGUGAGUAUUGAUAUGUAUCUUUAUGGAAGAGACACGGUUAACUAUAUAAAUAAAAUAUGACUAUGUUGUGUUUUUCUAUAGGAAUGACGAUUAAGUUGUUCUCAGAAAAAGAGAUGUUGAUGAUUCAUUGAUUUGUGCCGGUCAUGGAAUGUUAGCGGCUUAAAUUUUAUCAAGGUUUCUCUUUCUUUA